UGUCUUCUUCCUUUCCCCUUUUUCUGCUUAGCUUUUAUUCACCAAACAUCAUUGCCCUUUUACCGAACUUCCCCUCCCCUUUCCCUUCUCUUCUUCCUCUUGCUCCUCAAAUCUUAACGCCAUAGUCGGUUCUCCCUCUCCACCCUCCCUCUUUCCCCCAAUUGGGUUUCCUUCGAUUCAUUUGAAAACGAAAACUUGAAGACCAGACUAGACAAGACUAGACUGGCAUCCACUGAUGGAGAGCGAGUUCUUCCUCAACGCAGGGAUGAAUCCAGUCCCGCCAUUGCCUCUGCAUUUCAACCCAACUUCUUCCAAUUCUCCUCCGAUGCCCGCCUGGCGCUCCCUCCCUCACUCUUCCUCGGCCAUGGAUAUGAGUAAUGCCAACUAUGAGCAGCCUCCUCCUGAUUGCUUCUUCGGAAACCCCAAUUGGGAUAGGUCAACGGAUCACCACACCGGAGGCCUCCAGUACGAGUCGGCGCUCAGCUCCAUGGUUUCCUCUCCCACGGCUUCCAAUUCCAACAUUCCCACCGAGAGCUUCAUGAUAAGGGAGCUGAUUGGAAAAUUGGGCAACAUCGGGGGCCACGGCAGCAACAAUCCCGGUGAGAUCUCGCCGCACUUGGCGGCGGCUUCAUCGUACGGCGGCAGCGCCAGCAAUUCGUGUUAUAGCACCCCUUUGAGCUCCCCGCCCAAGCUGAGCCUCCCCAGAAUGGAUCAGUUCGUCAAGACGAUGGGUCUCAAUUCCAGCGUGGCGGAAUUCAGCGCCGAUCCCGGGUUCGCGGAGAGAGCCGCCAGGUUCUCCUGCUUCGGGAGCCGGAGCUUCAACGGCAGGACGGUCCAGAUGAGCGGCGGCGGCGGCGGGGGUUUGAAUGCUCUUCCGGCAAUGAACGGGAGCCUCGGUGGCGGAAAAUUGCCCCGUGUUUCCAGCAGCCCUUCUCUAAAGGCGCUCGGAUCUCAAAAGGGGAACAAGGGUUCUCCUCCUCCGCGCCAGGAUGGUGGUGAAUUGGGCAAUUCCUCUGCCUCCCCUGAAGAAUCUUCACUAUCGGAGCAGCGGAUUCCCAACGCCGCCGGAGACGGCAGCGGAAAGGCUGCCGCCGCAGCCGCCAACGAGCCCAAUCCCAGGAAAAGGAAAGCCGCCCCGAAGGGGAAAGCCAAAGAAUCGGCCGCCGCCCGACCCAAUGCCAGCACCGCAAAGGAAGUGGAAACGAACGAGAACCCAACUGCGAAGCGGAGCAAGGGAAAUGGAAACAACGAGAGCAAGUCCCCCGCCAAGGCGGCGGAGGAAGACGCAGAGGCGGCGGGGAACAGCGGCGGCGGAGAGGAGAAACAUAGCAAGGGUAACAAUAACGAGUCGAAGCCGGUGGAACCCAUGAAGGACUACAUCCAUGUGAGGGCGAGGAGAGGGCAAGCUACUGACAGUCACAGCCUUGCUGAAAGAGUUAGAAGAGAGAAGAUCAGCGAGCGAAUGAAGCUUCUCCAAGAUCUUGUUCCUGGUUGCAACAAGGUAACAGGAAAAGCGCUAAUGCUGGACGAAAUUAUAAACUACGUGCAGUCAUUGCAACGGCAAGUUGAGUUCCUGUCGAUGAAGUUGUCUUCCGUAAACACCACCAGGCUGGAUUUCAGCAUUGACCCUCUCUCUUCCAAAGAUAUGUAUCAAAGAAACAACAGUGGAAUGGCGCACCCAAUGUUCCCAGUAGAUUCCUCGGCGUCAGCCAUAUUGGGUCACCACCAAAAUCAUCAUGGCAGCAACAGCAACAGCAGCAUCUCUCAUUGCCCGCUCGAUCCCUUCGCUCUCCACCAUGAUCAGUUCCAAUCCUUCUGUGACGACGACCUCCAGAGCAUUGUUCAGAUGGGCUUCUCCGGCAAUGGGCCGGACACAGACUACACCUCAGGUUCAUCGCCCAAUCACCAACCAUCAUCUUCCCAUAUGAAAGUUGAGAUCUGAGGCGGCACUCCUGCUGAAUUAAUCAUUCAUCAUGUUUAUUUUUAUAUAUAUAUAUAUAAACAUCAAUAUUCUUUGGUCCUCAUCGUGAUGAUUAAUUAAAGAGAAAAAACUCCAAGGAGGAGGAGGAGGAGACGAGAUUGAUUGAUUGAAGCGGCUGGCUGGCUGUGCUAAUUAUGCUCUUUGUAUUUGUAUAUACCAAGAAUUGUUAAUGAGGGACCAACAACAAGUAUAUUUUAUAUAUAUAUAUAUAUACGUACGUUUUAAGGUGCCAUUUUAUAAUUUACUAGCUGCUAGCUGAUGAAGAAGAGAGGAUAGCUUUUUACUUUUCAAUUAGCACCGACUUGGUUUGAUUGAGGGUUCUUUUUAAUGAAGCCUCUCCUCUUGUUAAUUCUUUUUUUUUUUUUUUCU